AUGGUAUUUGAUCAGAUGGGAAUCUUUCUUGUCGCCUGCUGUCAUGGGUUCAUUGAAUGUGUCAUGGAGAUGGCGCAUAGUGGUGAGCUUGCAAAAUAUGGACUUACUGCUGUCAAUAAAGUGCUUGAUGUAUGCAGAAAUGACCAAGCAAUUGAUCAUGACAUUGUGUGUCCAUCAAGGAAAACUGUCACUACUAGCUCAAUUGGACGCCAAGCCAAGGAAUUACAUCUACAACUUGUUGUCAAUGUAUUCCAUGGGUUUUCCCACAAUUGCCACUGUCAACUUGAAAACCAUCCUUUGUAUUUGACUGGCCUUGGCAUUGAAGAUUUAGAAACCUGUGAAUGCAUCUUUGCAAGCUCGAACAGUACUACACCAUUGAUAUGGCACGCUUCACACUUUCACUGGGUUUAA